AUUUAUAAAUAUUUUAAAUAAAACUUAAUUUUAUGAAACAAAAUUAUCAGAUUCAUACUGAUCCCUAAAUAGUACAAAUUUUAAUUCAUACGUGGCGCUGAUGAUUGUUAGUGAGGGAAGAAAGAUACAUUCAUGUUACACACUGCUUACCAAUAUUUCGCGAUUUAGAGUGGUUCGAACUUUUUACGAAGAUAUGUCAGUGUGAUUAAGUAAGAAGCAAGUAAAGAAAAUGUUUAACAAUAUAUCAUUUAAACGGAUACACAUUAAUACGUACAGGAUUUUAGGAUUUUAUCUUUGUUUGCUGGGUUUUGUCAAGGGUGAUACACUUACAAUACACCCGCUCAUUUUCCCUUCUAAAAUAAGUGAAGGUGAUAACAUAAACAUUAUGUGCAGUGUAGCCAGAGGCGAAAAGCCAUUUCAAUUUGAAUGGUUAAAAAACGGAAUUAAAUUAAAAAACGAAAUUAAUGCCGAUAUUUCUAUAUUAAAGGACACCUCUAUCUUAUCGAUCAAUAAUAUCGAUAUUAAAGAUAGUGGUAAUUACACUUGUAUUGUAAGAAAUAAUGCGGAAAUUGCAAAUUUUACUUCACUUAUGAUAGUUGAAGCACCUCCUCGUUGGGUACUAGAACCAAAUGAUGUCGAAAUUCAAUCAGGUCAAGAUUUUAAGCUUAAUUGUGAAGUAAUUGGAUUUCCUAUACCUCGAGUUACUUGGAAAAAGAUAGGUAAAUGUGUAUAAAAACCAAGAAAAUCAAUAAUAACGCUUAAAUAAUUUAAAAAAUGAUUUUAUAAUGUAGAAAAUUCAGGAGGAAGCUUUGAGAGUAGACAAGACGUGAUGUCACAUAAUGGAACAUUGAUGUUAUCAUC